UAUACAUAGAGAGAGAGAGAGAGAGAGAGAGAGAGAGAGAGAGGUGAAGAGGAAUCCUCGCUAAAGAAGAAAGCGUGGUUCUUUCUUUCGUAUUGGGAUUUGGGUGGGAAGAAGAGAUGGAGCAGAGGAAGAGUAGCAACAAUGAUCAAAUGGGUACCCCAGUUCACAGUCAAGUUAGAAAGAUCAAGCAAGAAUAUGAGAAUAUCAAAGACCCAUAUCCGCAGAAGCUAGAGAUCAGACCAGUUCUUCGGGAGAUCACCCGGCAGCUCUCUCGCUCGCCGCUGGGACGAGUAGGCCGAGCCAUCUCUGUUGGAGACUCGUAGAGUUUGAUUGGAGAUGGAUGCUCCAGGCGUCUGUCUAGCAGUAGGGAGCAUAGGGGGUCUAGUUUUUCUAUUUGUCUUUUGGUUUUACUUUCACUUGUAAAACCUUUAUUAGAGGUAAGAGCAGCUUCCCAUGACUGCCGACUGGUGCAGCAGAUGAUGACGAGGAAAAUCUUCUUUUUUCUUUUCUUUUUAGGUCUCUGUGUGUAACUUCCAUGCUUUCUCAGUUUGAAUUGAUGGAUUGAGUUAGCGGGCUUUUUAUUCAUCCUUGCCAGUUUUGCACAGAGGAACCAGAGGAUAUCUCUGAAUCCUGUUCUUCCGGUUUCUUAAAUUCUGUGGGUUAGUAAUGGGAACAUCUGGUUUAACCUUGUAUAUAAAUAAGUAUGUAAAAUAAUGGCAAACUAGAGCUUGCCGUCUCUCUCUCUCUCUCUCUCUCUCUCUCUCUCUCUCUAUGCAAUUCAAAAACUCCACAGAUAGGAUUUAUCUGUUUUGGUAAAA